AUGUCCCAAGCCACUGAGCACCCUGCAAAUCCUACUAGACAAACUCAAAAAUGCGGUGCGACCGCGGGCCCUUCCGCCCGGGAGUGGGAGGAAAAUCGGGCCGCCAUCACGGAGCUGUACGCGAAGAUGCGGUGGGAGGACAUGGACAAGGUCAUGAGGGAGAAGUACGACUUUCAUGCAAGCAAACGCAUGUACAACCAGCGCUUCCGCACCUGGGGGAUUCAAAAGUAUCUCAAGACAUCCGACAAGCGACAAUUGCUCCAGGAAGCCGGAGGGGGCAGCCUCAAGCGGCUGGGCGAGCUGAGCCGCCAAGGCAAGGUCGACGCGGGCAAGUACAAGAAGACGCUCCGGUGGCAUAGAUCAGUGCAUCCAUCCCCGUCUCGACCGUUGGAAGUGGAUGACGCUACUUGCCAACUCGAAUAUAUCUUGAAGAGUCUGAGGGACUACCAUCACUGGGUGGCCGAGCCCGGCAACGCAGACGCCUCCAGAAUCCUCGUCACCGAUCUGGAGCCCUCACGUGAGUCGAGCAAUUUGUGGUAUGGAAUCAGCCUCGGCGUCACGCAUUUGGUCGAGGCGGAGCAAUCCGUAGAGAGAAGCGACCGCGCCUUCUCGAUGCUGCGGCAGGUCGGCUUCGUUGCCGCGCCUGCGAUGCUUGCCCGGCCUCUGGACUUCAUCGGAGACUUGUUCGUCGAAAUGACGUCGCCGAAGUCCCCGAGCUGGUCAGAGCCCCGUAGACUGAUUCUGCGGCUAUUCAACCAGGAGGCCAUCCGCGUCUUCUCGACGGAGCACCCGAUUGCCAUAAUCUGUCGCGAGAUGCAAAAGACCGAGAACUUGCAGGAAGUGGCUAACAGGUCCUUGGACUGCAUGUCAGAUCUUGUGACGAAGCUUUGGGGGGAGCACCACGUAUUGAGCUUCAAGGUUCGGACAGCAAACUUUAUGUUGGCUCUGAAAUCCUCAGAGCUAGUUGCUGCCGAGAGGAUGGCUAGACAGCUCUUAGCCAUGAGCCAAGAGAUAUGGGGACCAGCUUCCCAGCAAGUACGCUUGGCGAAGAAGCGCCUUGGGCACGUGUAUUUCGCCGUCAACGAAAAGGCCUUCAAAAUAAAUGGACCAGAUAUCAAGGCGGCUCAAAAUGGUCUGAACUUAUUCCACGAGGUCCUGAGUCACCCUGUGGGUCGCAACGACGUGUCAGCUACUGGAUACAGCGAGGACGACACUACACUCAGCACGAUGGGUGACAUUGCGUGGAUACAUCACAGGUUGGCACAACACGGACAAGUGCUAUACUGGUACGAGAGGGCAAUAGGGUUGGCCAAGCGCCUCCACGGUCCCGGCGCGGUUGUCACCACAUAUGUGGGCAACAAGUUAGUAAGCAAAUUAAAGGAGAUGGGACGGCACGAAGAUGCCAAACUAUGGGAGGCGAGCAUCAGCCAAUACGAGCAGACUCGAUAA